AUGGCGGCGGGGCUCAAAGAUGUGCAUCAUAGGUACAGUCUCAGAUGGCAGGUGGUUAAGGAGCAGCGCGAUUCCGCUGACCUUAUGAACAAGAAGCUGGCGGACAAGGGCAAUGAGCUACGCGACUGGUACAAAAAGCAGUCCCACUCCAUCAUGCGGCAAGAGGAGGUGCUCACCAUGGGCAAGGAAGAUAUUGCUGCCCGGGAAGUCCGCUUGGCGGAGCGCAAAGUGCUUCUGAACACCAAGGAGCAGGACAUCUCCACCCGGGAAGGGAACCUCGAAGCCACCCUCUACGACAAGGAUGAGGAGCUAGAGGCCCUUUUACAGCAGCGUACCAAGGACCUGGAGGACAACCACAAAGCCACCCUUAGCGCGCUUGCUCUUGAAUCCUCAGCUCAAUUGAAGAAGGUUACCGAUGAGCUAGUUGCCGCAUCUGCCGGCAAGACUGAUCUUGAUCAUCAAGUGGGCCAGCUGGCGGAGGACCUAGUCGGGAGCAACAAAGAGAUCGUGGCUCUCAAAGAGGAAGCGCAGAAAGCAGAGACCACCCUAAAGGAGGUGCAAUCGCAGCUUUCCUCCAAGAGCCAGGACCUUGACACUGCCAACAGCACCGUCUCUGGCAUCAAAGCGCGGCUCGGCUCUCUGGAGAAGGAAAUUGAAUCUACCAGUUGCCGUGAGGAACUGUUGAUGACGGACCUGACCAAUGAAAGAACCCUCCAAAAAGAUGCAGAGGACAAGCUUGAGAACCAGAUUCAGCAGCGUGACCUCUGGAUCAAGAGCAUGACUGAUAUCGCUGAACGCCUCACUACUCACAUCGCAAAAAUGGACAUGAAGAGCUGGGCCUUCUGA